AUGUCCCCCAACCCCUUGCACCUCACCGCCGCCAUGGCGGUGCUAGCAGCCCAGCAGGUCUCAUCCCAAACCUUCACCCUCGCCACCAGCGGCGACUUCAUCGGCGAACUCGUCGCCACAAACAACACCCGCGUCACCGCAGUAUGGAACCUCAUCCGCGCCGCCGACUUCGGCUUCUUCAACAUGGAAGGCAGCCUGUUCACCUCCAACAUGUCCACCUCUUCCUCCAAUUCGCCGGACGGCACCAUUAUCUACCCCGCCUCCGAAAACGGCAAAUCCAACACCUACGGCGACGUAGGCGGCGGGCCGUACUACGACCCCUCCCAAGCCACUCUCCUCGCCGCAGCAGGCUUCACCCUCGCCUCCCACGCCAACAACCACGCCUUCGACUACGCUGAAGCAGGCAUGUUCGCGACGCAGCACGCCCUCUCAGCCGCCAACGUCACUUUUGCCGGGUCGGGCGCGUCGCUGCAGGAGGCGCGCAAGCCUGCAAUCCGCCAGAGCGUGAAGAACGGCAACGGCACGCGCCUCGCACUCGUCGCGGCGGCGGGGACACACACCCUCCAAUCCGUCGCCGGUGCCGGCGACGACGAGUUCCGGCCGCGUCCCGGCAUCAGCGCGCUGCGGGCGAGCGUGGUGACGGUCGUCGACGCAGCCGGCUUCGCUGCGAUCAAAGCGGUCGCGCGGGCGCAGGGGCAGGUGCUGGGGGACGACGACAGCACGGCGGACAUCGUGUUGUAUACCGGGCAGUACCCAUACGCGUGGUCGACGUGGCGGCUGGCGAGCGACGAGCAGCCGGUCGGGCUGGCGUGGGCGGUGAACGAGGACGACUACGUUGGGAUACUGGACAGCGUCCGGGCGGCUCGGGACGAGGCCGACGCCGUGGUGUUCUCGCUGCAUGCGCACGAGUCGUUUGCUGGGGUUGAUGAUUCGGCGAACCCGCUGCCGCUCGAGGCAACCGUGCCGGCGGCGUACACGCAGAACGUCAGUCGUGCGGCUGUGGAUGCGGGCGCGGAUGUCGUCCUCGUGCACGGCCCGCACCACCUGCGCGGCGUCGAGGUGUAUGCAGGUAAACCGAUCUUCUACGGCCUGGGCAGCCUGACGUACAGUCUGGGGUUGAACUACGCUGGUUACUCGCUGCCGAUCGAAUGGGACGACGGCGUGGUGGCGGUGACGCGGUUCGAGGACGGGGUGCUGGCGGGGGUUGAGCUGCAUCCGCUUGUGCAUGGGCAAUUGACGAAUGAUACAAGUGAUCCGGAGAGCGCAUUGCCUAAGAUAGCGCCGCCGGCGCAGGCGGUGCGGAUACUGGAGCAUCUGAAGACCGUGUCGGAGCCGUUCGGGACGACGAUUGAGGUUAGGGAGGGCGUUGGGUAUGUGGAGUUGGGUUUAUGA